AUGACGACUCUUCACCACGCUUCACCAAUCCGCAUUGAGCCCAUCACGAACCCCGACGAUUUCACCCGCUGCUUCUCCAUCGCCGCGUCCGCGUUCGGAACGCAAACCGCGGACGGCAUCUGGACCGCCUUCAACCCGGGCUGGGACACGCCCGAAGGCCAAGUUUCUGGCGCUGCACGCUUGCAACGCCGGUGGGCGGGCACGACUGUCGACCACGCGGGAAAUGCCAACACGGUAUUCCUGAAAGCCACGAUUCCGGCUGCGGAUGAUGAAUCUGCCUCCGGCUCGGCAGCAGGUGCGGACGGGAGCGCGAGUGGCGGCGAGGUCAUCGCGGGGUUGGCGAUCUGGGUGCAGCUCUCCACGGUGGAGGGGCACGGCAUCGUGCGAAGAGCAGGUCAAGAUGCCGUGGAGAAGUCCGAACUGGACGCCUUAUAUCCGAACGAUCAAUCCGCGCAGGACUUCCUACGGCAGGCUAUGAAAUCAUUAACGAAGCAGCGGGUUGGCGCCGUGGAGGAUGCCGCGGAACGGGAUCCGCCGGCGAUCAUGGCGCUCGAUCUUUGCGCUGUGGCGCCGGAGUUCCAGAGAAGGGGGAUUGCGGGGGAGUUGGUCAAGUGGGGGUUGGAGGAAGCGCGGAGGCGCGGCGGACUGGAGGCUGUGACGGAAGCAUCGACAUCGGGACGGACUGUCUAUGCGAGGCUGGGCUUUGCGCAGGAGGGCCCGGAGAUUGUGCUCGAUGGGAGCUUCACUGAUCGGGUGUGGCCUUCGAAUGUUUUCAUGCGGACUGGUAGAUCUGGAAUCGAGACAGGUAGAGGUAGAGGGAGGUAG